AGAGGUCCUGGCAAUCAAACCCUGCGUCAUCAUAUUAGGUUGAGGAGAGGACCUUUAGCGGUCGCACAGAUUCAAUUUCCAAGGCUGAAAACGACAGUAAGGAGAGACAUUAAAAGAAAGUUGUAGGACAAAAAGAGUUUUACAAAUAUACAGUAGCAAGAUUUCCAGUCAUCAAAACGACACUGCUGUUCUUAGGAUGGCUGACUUGGACCUGAAUGAUGCACUACAUGAAAGCACUCCCAAUGUCGAACCAGAAAUUAAGAGGGAUUUCAUUGCUUCUCUGGAGGCAGAGAAAUAUGAUGAUGUUGUUGGAGAAAGUAUGACGAAAGAAAGUUAUGUUCCACUGCUGGAUGAUGAGACAAAAUCGCCUUCUUCAGAAGCUAAAGACAAUGUUAUGGUGCACUUGCAUGAAGAGACAGCACCUGAACAAAGUGAUGGGGGCCAAUUGGCAGAACGCCCUGGGGCAACUGAACAGGAAUCAGCAGAGUUACCCAAUGGCGAGCAUGGUGUCGGAAAAACUGAUGGCAUGGAAAUACACAAAAGACCUCUGGGUAUCGAUCCACUGUCUUUUGGUUUUGAUUAUUACGUAGAAGGAGCAACAAUGGAGACCAUUUCACCUUCAGCGCAGAUGGGCACAGAACCUCCCUUCAGCACUCCUGGUAUUUUGGAAAGACCUGAUACCAAGGAGCUGUUCAACUUGGAAACAGUCUUACCUCCUGAACAUGAGAUGAAAGGUACAACAAUGUCUUGUCCAACACUUCAACACCUGAACUCUCUGGUCAAAGUUACAGAAGAACUGUCAUCUGAAGAAAAGAGAACCUCCGAAUGCUCCCUAGUUUCUUCUGAAGAGAUGGCUCAUCCACGAGAACAAAUGCUUGAUUCCACGUGGCAAGCCACAGAUUCCAUGGCUACAGUUACAGCACCCUUAGCAUUUGAAGAAGACCUUUGGGUUAAUCAGGAGGAAGUAACAAAUAGCAGCACCACACUUUCACCAGCAGAACAAGAACUGAGUACAGAACUCUCAGGAAAUCUGGCUGAAGUAAACUUAUGGGAAAAAGAGACAUUUAUAACUGAUUUACCAACCAAACCAGCUCAGCAGCACAUGGAGCCUACACAGGAAGUAACAGAAGAAUUUGGUGUGCCAUUCCUCAGCCUGCAUCAAGCUGAAUCAUCUUUCCACCUUGUAGACUGUUGUGACCCAGAUCUGAGUAGUGCUCGCUUAAUGGAUGAUUGUUCGCCAGUUUCAAACAUAGCAAAGACCACUGCUGCAGUUGAUACUGUACUGCAGACGCCAACAAAAUAUUCACCAACCACCCCCCAACAAGAGAAUUUGAGCUGUGAGGCAAGACUUCCUCCAUCCACGGAACCAUUUUCACCAGCCUGUGGGAAUUUUGAUUCAUCAGUGGGUGCUGUGGAUCUUACUAACAACACCACAGAGAUUGCUGUCUUACCUACAAAAACCCCGUUACUAGAUCGAACCUCUGGAAAAGUUAAGCUUGCAGAGGCGACUUCAGAAAUCGCACAGAAUAUAGAAUCUCCAGUUGUAAAAGUGGCUGUAGAGAAGAAAAAGAAAAAGAAAAAACGCUCACAUACAAAAGGAGCCCAACCUCCUGCAAUGGAUAUGCAUGCUAAAGCCAAAGAGGUUCAAGCAAUUGUUUCUGACCAGCGACUAGAAGGGCCACCUGGAGGAACAGGGAAGCAUAAGGAAAAUGUGUUGAACAGUGAGGGGUCAUCUAAAGAGGCAUCAGGGUUACAAGUAAAAACGCAGGUGGCUGGGGGUGUGCCAAGUCAAAGCAGUAUUUGGGCAUCUGAAAGCUCAGAGAGUGAACUAGCACAUCAGCCACUGCACAACGCUAAAGCACCUUCAGAGAGCGAUGUAAGAGCUGUUGUUGAGAACCAAAGAAGCGAGGCAGCUCGUGCAGCUAACCAGUCACAAAUGGAGAGAAUGUCAGAAGUGGAAUGGACACAAAAUACUUCGGAUUGUUGGAGCAGAGAAGUUACCGCUUCUGAGUUCCUCCAAGCAUCCAAGAUGGAAGAGAAAGUAGAACAUCCUUUAGAACUUUGGGGUGAAAAUAUCAUUUCACCUAACUCUCAGAAAAAGACUGAAGUAAGCAGGGUAGCACCACUGACUCCUCUGAAAUUAGAUGGUCGAGAAUAUACUCCCCCUCAGUCAGAGGAAGUACCUGAAAUGAAGGUGAAGGAAGGGCCUUAUCUAGCACAUAUAAGUAAAGAACCUACUUCCCCUGGGUCAAAGCAAAUGUUUGAGGUGAAUGAAAUGACAGUACAUGAGGAUAGCCAAAUUACUGUCUUUAGGUCACAAUUGCCCUUUGAGGUGAAAGAAGUAGCAGAGACCCUGCUGGAAAGUGAAAGUGGAGAAAACAAUUCCCCCAAGUUUCAGCAAACAUUUGAGGUAAAAGAAAAGACAGAGACCCUUACAGAAAAUGCAGAUAGAGAACCUUCUCUCCUUGAGUCAUUGAAAGUGCCUGAGGGAAAGCAGAUAGAGUCUUCGCCAGAGCAUGUGGCUGGACUCACUCCAUCCCAUCAAUCAGGGGAAAUGUCUGGGGUGAAUAAGAUGGCAGAGGCCCCUCUCAACUUUGUGGAUACAGAAGCAACUUCCCCUGAAUCGAAUAAAAUAUCUGAAGUGAAGAAGAUGACACCGAUCCCUCUGAAUCAUGAGAGUAGGGAAACCAGUUCCCUUGGGUUAAAACAAACCCUUGAGGUGAAAGAGAUGGCAGAAACCUCUCUUGCACAAGUGAGUACAGAAACUGCUCCCCCUGAUUUAGACAUUUCUGAAGUGAAAGGGGUAGUUGAUAUUUCUCUAGAAAAUUGUGAUAGUAAAAUUGCCCCAGUCGAAGAACAGAAGUCUGAGGGAGAAAUAUUGGUUGAGAAUACGUUAUGUUGGAACAGAGAAACUGCUCCCUCUGAGUUGCAGCAAAUGCUUGAGGUAAAUGAGGUGGUGGAGGAACCUUUAGAAUGUUGGGACAGGGAAAUUUCUCAUCCUGACUCUCAAACAUUCAAUGUGAAGGAAUUAGUGGCAAGCCCUCCAGAAAGUCCAAAUAAGGAAACUGGUUCCCCACAGCUUCAGCAAACAUCUGAAAUGAAGGAGAUGCUGGAGAGUCCUCUGGAACAUCCAAACAAGGAAACUGACCUCUCAGAGACUCAGCAAGCAUCUGAGGUAAAUGAGAUGGUGAAGAGUCCUAUGGAAUAUCAAGAGGGUUUUCCAAAGUGCACUGACCAAGUCACUUCGUCUUCUCCAAAACAUGAAACACCCAAACUGCUGGACGAUAAUGAGGAAAAAGGUUCCAAGGUAGCCUCGAAAAAGGAAGCAGGCCCUAAAGUCCUCCAAAAACGAGGAUUCCCUAAAGGUACUUUGCAAAGAGAAACUGGAGCAAAAGUGUCCUCUGACCAGCACAGGGCUACAAAGACAUCAAUGCAACCAAAGGUAAUGAAGGUUCCCAGUCAGCGCCAGAGAGAUGUUAAACAACUUGGGUCAGAGAAGAUUGGCGAAAUAAAUGUACAGUCUGAUCAGGAAGGACAUCUGGAUGAGAGUUCUCGACAAGAUGAAGCCAAACCUGAAGAAUCCUCAGCAGAAGGCAUGGUUGGAACAGAAAGUGCUGUAACCUCCAAAGAGCGUCCAUUGAGCACAGAUGCAAAGGGAAAGACGGGCACGCCAGCUGCAAAGAUCUCACCAACCAAAAGUAAGCCACAGCCACCAGCCUCCCUUAAGCGACCUCCAGCAACUACUACCAGCCCCAAUAAAAAACUUGUUACAUCCACUUCAGCUACAACAGCAGCUUCUACUUCUAAGCGAGUUUCUUCUAGUCUGGUGCGACCUUCCUCUGCGACCACCAAAGAGAUGAAACCAAAGGCAACUGAGGCUAAGAGCCCAGUGAAGCUCCCCUCAACCAGACCAUCGUCUGCAAGUGUGACAAAAACGGCUAGCAACACUACUGUUAAGAGCAGUACAACAUCAUUGCAAAAGAUGUCAACUGCUCCUGGGUCCACUCAGAGAAACAACAUGCUGUCCAACCCUAAAAGACCAACAUCUAUCAAGACUGAACCCAAGUCUGCAGAGAUGAAGAAGUCUCUGUCUGCAAAAUCACCCUUAGGUGAGACAGGUCGUCCAAAGACUGCUUCUUCAACCUCUAUUAAGAGCACUGGUACUACUCCAAGUACACCAAGCACCCCAAUGGGUGCCAGUACCCCUGCAACACCAUCAUCCAACACCUCUCGGCCACCUAGAACAUUGGCAUUGAAGACAACAGCUGCUUCAGAGGCAAAGAGAGUUGCACCCAUUCCCCGUGCUCCUUCAAAACCCACAGUAGCAGCAGCUCCAAAGCAGCUACGACCAACUAGUGCUCCAGCACCAGACCUAAAAAAUGUCAAAUCGAAAAUUGGAUCCACAGAUAAUAUCAAACACCAACCUGGAGGAGGGAAGGCUAAACCAGUAGAGAAAAGACCUGAACCGGUAAGAUUGAGCCGAAAAGCUGAAUCCAGCACUGUGACUCGAGUUACUAAAACCACAACCAUGAAAGAUAGCCAAAAACAAACCAAUGGCAAAGUCCAGAUUGUGAACAAAAAAAUCGACUACAGUCAUGUGCAGUCAAAGUGUGGUUCCAAGGAUAACAUUAAGCAUGUUCCUGGUGGUGGUAAUGUGCAGAUUCCAAAAACUAAGCUGGAUGUGAGCCGUGCAUCGUCCAAGUGUGGAUCCAAGACAAAUCUGAAACACAAAGCAGGUGGUGGGGAUGUGAAGAUAGAGACUGCUAAGACUGAUUUUAAGAACAAAGCAGAGUCGAAAAUUGGAUCCUUGGAUAACCUCAACCAUAUUCCGGGAGGAGGUAACGUGAAGAUUGAAUCUCGCAAGUUGACGUUCCGUGAGAAUGCCAAAGCCAGGACAGACCACGGAGCAGACAUUGUGUACAAAUCCCCCAGCAUUUCAAACAAUACCUCUCCUCUCUGCAGCAUGUCACUGACAGAAAGCCUCAGUUCCCUUGGAUCACCGCAGCUUGCUACUCUCACUGAAGACCUGUCUGCCGUUCUAGCACAGCAGAGCUUGUGAAUUUUUCUUUCCUUCCUUCUUGUUCUUUUCAAACUACAUUUAACCAAAACAAGAAGUUUAGCCUCAUUAACAGGAUUUGUGCUUUAAAAAGGAUUUGUUCCUAUUGAGUUAUUUCGGGACUGAGUAGCUUUACUGCAACCUUUUAUCUUAAACAUCCAUAACACAGGUCUGAAUUACCACUCCCUACGGGACAUUGUGAGCAAUAACUUACAUGUUUGUGUUUUUUUGGGGUGAUAGCCUAGCUCAUUGCUUUGAAUAGAGAAACCAAUGUCUGCCACAACAAUUUGGAGACUGAGUAGUGGAGUCUGCUGGAUCAUCUGUUAAUUAAUUAAUAAAGUUCAAGUUAAUUCAAGUUAACUUCUAGUUAAUUCAAAACCCUAAUCCAACCCAAAUAUAAAACUUGCCUUCCCAACAACCAUUUAACUACAUUAAAAGAUUCAUCUGUGGUUUUUAUCUUUUCCAAACUGUACUUUUGUUUAGUACCCCCAUCCAGUAAAUUCUAAAAGCAAUUCUAAAUUAAUAUUUAAAAAAAAAAUUUUGCCCUUCUGCUUGAAUUGCUAACAACUUAUGAAAAUUCUAAUUCCACGUUCUUUUAAAAGUCACUGCUUUCCAAAUUCUUCCUUUUCCUUCAAAUAAAUAAUGAAUAUCAUUAGAGUAAAUAUUAAGAAUAAGUUGAGUUUGCUUGCACAUUGAGAAAGGAAAGAGGAGGGCUGGAGGAGUACAAAGAUCAGUUUGAUUUUAAAGAAAGUGUUUGGGAUGAAUACUGGCAAGGAAUUUUCAAACCUUAAAGGUUUGUUUAAGAACUUUCUUAAAACAAAGCACCAAUUUUAUUAUUGUAUAGAAUGAUGCACCAUAGAAAGUGGCUAUUGAUUAUUUUCCCCUUGUGAAAUUCUGUAAUCUCUUGGCCAUGUUUCUCUCUGUGCUACUUGCUAGAUUCCUAUACCAUGAGAACUGUGGUUUGAGCAAUUGUUCAUUGCUCACUUCCCUUUUAGGCAUUUUAAUGGAAUCAUAGAAUCUUCCAUCACAGCUCUGCCAACUCCUUAUAGAGCUUUACCCCUAUUACUCUCUCUCUUUCCCCAAAACCCUUUACUACUUGUUUAUUUUCAAUUUCUUAGUGGGUCAACAUUUCCACCUCUGGCUUGUGAAAUACAUUCAUUACACACUCAUUACUGAGUCUGGUGUUUAAGUGCAAAAUGAUUUUAUUGUCAGUCGGACAUCAUCUACACCUGGUGAAAUGGAUAUUUCAGCCAUAAUGAGAACUGAGUGGGAUAAAGGUCAACCUGUACCUGAACCACUUGAAAUUGUUUGGAGGUUCCACUGAGUUGCAAGUAUUCAGAGCAAGCUGGUUUGAUGCUCAGUACAAUAACAAGUGGAUGCACUUUAAAAUCAGCACUCUUAAGUCACAUUGUUCAAACUGAUCUUGACUGAGGACAGAUGGGAUAAAAAUAAUUGAAAUGUAAAAUCAUGAACCUGUAGAGAAUGGUUAUGGAUACUUUUUCAGUCCAGUGUGUGCACUGCAUAGAGAUCUAUUGAAGCUGUGGGUGCUGAAUCCAUUCACUCAAACCCAAUUUCUGCAGUUUCCUAAUUCUUAGAACCUCAAGCCAUGGACUUGUCCCUCCCAUUUAGCAUUCUGCUUUUGGUGAACAGAGUAUGGCAAGGAAAAAAUGAAGAAACAGAAGUCAUUAUAUCCCAGAUGCUGGAAAUACACACAGGUCUGUCAGGACCUUUGCGCAUGCAGAGGUAGUUAAGCUGAAAUAUUAAUUCUGCCUUCCUUCCUGCAGAGGUGAGGUGCUGUGUUUUUACUCUUCUCCUCCUUUCAGUUGAAUGUCACAUCCUCAGAAACCUUCUCCAUCAUAAAAAAAAAAGUAUAGUUAAAAUGUUCAAUCCUCCAGUGUGGUCUGAUUUUAUUUUUAAGCACCUCUUAGCCACUUUUAAGAUUGUUUAAUUUAAAGCACAUCCCCAAAUGAUACUAGGUUGUAAAGGGAUUGUAUUGCUUUAUUUUUAGCAUCUUUGGACUACAUGUACGAUUGUGUUAGAGGCACCUUUCAAAAUGUGUACUUGCAGUAAAGUUGAAAUAUCUCAAUACCACCCUUCAAUCCAAUUAAAAUAAGCCUCAGGGGUGAUCUAACCAGCCAGAGAAUCCUGGUGGAAGGGAAAUUUGGUUAGGGGGAGGAAUGCGGUCACAACUGGAUUUUUCAGUAUAGUGAUUCAAAGCCAUUACCUGCUUUUCCUGCAUUAAGAACAAGUCCUGUUAGUGAAUAAAACAGAGGCCUCUUUCCCCUCACUCUUUGCAGCUUCUCGAUUUCCGCAUUGGUGUUUAAAUCUGUUUUAAAAAAAAAACUGUAAAUUGUUUUAACUUGUAGAUUUCUUCAAAAGUUAAUCUUUGGUGAUGAAGUACUGACUAUUGUAAAAUGAGUGGUGAUUUAAAAAUACAAUUAACUUUGUUUUCUAAGCAAUAUAAUCUGUGUCCAGUCAAGCACCAACUUAUGAGGAAGUGUGGUUUCGGGCAGGAUAAUAGACUGGGUUAGUGUCAUCCAGGAAAGUUUGUUUGGUAUAGAAAGCAGGCAGGUGUACAUGGACGUGAUGUUUGUGCAGAGUUAUAUGAAAUGAAAAGCAAGGAAAGAGACUUUUAAAACAUAUCUUGGUCAUAAAGCAAUAUGAAGUAAUGAGCCCAAUUUUAAUGGACUAUGACAUUAAAGUUAGUCACACAGUGGUAGUUACCAUGACCAAUGAGUGGAGAUCUGGGCCUUUGUGCCUUUUGUGUGUAUUUAAUUUUGAAAAACAUGCAUUUGCAGGAUUCAUGAUUGGUGAGAGAUAUUGUGUUCAGUAACUGCCCUCCAAAGAUGAAGCUUAGACCAUAAACUACUGAGAUUGUCUUCACCAGUGCAAAGUAUCUGUCUGAACAGCACAGAGAUGAAAUUCUGCAGAGCAACUACAGAAAUGUGUGCCACGUUGUUCCCCUUGCACAGAAUUUUAAAAUUUGCAUGAGGUGAGAAGGAAGUCCUGAGCUACAGAUGUCUCCUUCAGUUUGUGAAAGGCCAGUACAAAGUCAACAAGUGAGACCUGGAUGUCACCAUAGGCACUGAGUUCACCACCUCUCCUCAAUAGUGUGCUAUCUGUAGUGGGAGGUGAACAAAUAAAGUUUGGCUUCCUUAUUUGGGAUACAAUUGAGAGAUGUUUCUGUUGGUGAGUUAAUCCCUGCCUAAUUUUGGAAGGCAGGGCCAAACUGAUAAAUGCAGAUGAAGGUAGGGUUAACAGUGGAAGAUCAUCCGUGAAUCUGGAUUUUACAAUAGGACUUUACUUUUCAUGUAAAGUUGAUUAUUUUAGUGUAGAAUUAAUGUUUGCUUUAUCAAGAUUUGGUAGACAAUAUUAACUCUGGUGUUGCUGAAAAGGAUAUACAAUGUUCAACACUUGCUAUCUUCAUCCCAAUGCCGUUUGUCGUGAAUUUACUGCCUCUACUCUUAUCUGUCCCAAUACCAUCACUGCUUCUCUCCAGCCUUGCAAUGUAUUUGCAAUCGUAGCUGCACUUAGCAUUUUAAACACUAUUCAAAAUAGCUCGUGUUUAAUAUAGAAAUAUAUUUUCUGUUAUUGUUUACACUUAACUCAAAAUAGCUCUAGAAGAUGGCUGUUUAUAACAACAAUUUUAUUCUCUGCACUAAUGUUCAGGUGUGUGUUGAGAGAUUGAAAGGACUGUGUGGCAUUUUGAGUUAUCUUUUUUAAAGACUAAAGUUUGUUUUGUAUGUGUGUGUUUUCAGAGCUUCACCAGUGGAAAGAUAGCAACCUCACUUUAACUGGUCCUUAGAUCAAUAACUUCAGCAUUAUGAUAGUACAGUUUGUGCCCAAACGCAGUUUUAUUUUUGUGAAUGAGGGUGGAUAUAAGAGCGCUCUAGGAAAACCAAGACUCCAGUGAAUUACUGUCCUGGAGUUACUGGAAGUUUAGCAUUGUUCAUCCUUGUCUUAUGUGGAUACACUUUUCAUUCAUGUAUUGUCAGGUUUAUUUUUCCUUUCUCACUCGUUACAAUCCUCCUCGCUUUUUGAAGGAGGACUCGCUUUGGGGCUGUACUGUUUUGUUGGUAAGGUAAUUCUGAUUUACUCAUCAAUGUGGCCACUCCCAAUAAACUAAGUACCCCAAUGCAUGUGUCUCUAACAGAACCCAUUGUAUAGCAAACAAGAACACCUCUCUAGCUGGUCAGACCACCCGUUUAAAAUUGUGUUCCUUGAGAAUACUGUAGCAAGUCUUCAGAAUUUACACCAGGAACAGGAGGGGGAGUUCCUAGUUUUGGAAGCUUUUCCUGCUGUUAGCUUAUCUCAGUAGAUUCAUCAAGUCGUUUAGUGUCAUUGGCUGUAAUGGAUCCCCCAGAUUAUUGGUUAUCUUUCAGAUCACUUUGUUCCCAGUGCAUCUUCUAUUGCAGUUUCACAUGUUAUAGCAGGCUGAUAUUCUGUACACAAUGUCUGGGGAGAAUUAAGGAGCCCCAGCAAAAGUUUGUGCCCUUCAGGAGAUGAAAGAGUAGAAAUUAGCAAGAGAUGUUAAAGAAAUGGAGAGGUAUUAAUGGCAUUUAUUGGGGUUUUGUAUUGGCUUUUAGAAGCACCUUUGUUGUGAAUCAGUCUGCUUUGUCCUUUCCUUCCAACUUCGUAAUAGGGGAAAAAAAACGUUAGGGCAAGUGUUUGGUGGGCCAUUCUCUGUUUGCAAUAACUUGCUAAAAAUCUAUUGCUAAAAGCCAUUGCUUAUCACCUUUGUUACAUUUACUGGUGGAAUUAGAUUAGAUUCAUUUCAGUAUAAGAACAUACAUUUGAACAGAAUUGAUUUUAGGACAAAAGUGGGAUUGCUGUGGGCAUGAGAAUCCCAUGACAGAUUGGUCAGGUUUACAAUUGUGUUGAAAAAUGCUAUCAAAAACGUUUUGCAUCCAACCGUUUGUAAGAAUUGUACAAUCCGCUCAGUGCGAGUAUUUCAGAUGUUAUGUGCAUGUGUAUUUGUUACCAGGAUCAAUUUUAAUGUGAUGUUCGUGCUGCCGUGAUUGUGAUUAUUUCCUUUUGCGUUGACUUUGCCUUUGUGUGGCUUAAUGUGAAUUGGUCUGUACCAGGAGCAAGUGAUUCUUAGACCUCAUCUGAAUGCCAUGUGUGUUUUUAAAACCACCAUACCACUUCCCGGUAUCACCUGGAGUAGAAAGAUAUUAUUGUAGUCGGAUUAUGGGUAGUCAAGACAAACUGAGGAAACUGUAGUACCUCCACAACAGCCAACAGCACCUUCUAAGCUGAGAGGGGGAUCCAGGAGGGUGUAAGCUGGAAAUCAGCCUGGGCUGUCAUUUCUAAUGGCUAUCCCGAAUCUGACUCUGGUACUAAUGUACCUAAUUGAUGUCCAGAGAAGAAAAAAAAGUUGGUUUAGACUGCUUCUGUAGACAAAUAGCCCACCCAGACUUGCAUGCAAUGAUUAGUCACGGGCAAGAUGCUUACAAAAGCAAAGAUCGAACUCUUUGGUACAAAGGGAGGUGGGGAAUAACCUGGUAGGCCAUUAAAAUGUGGUCUUUAUUGAGAGCCACUUUAGGGAAUGUGUAAAUGGUAUUUCAAUAAUCAGUGUGACUUGAUUCCAGAGGUAAUGUUCAAUUUGACUUGUAAUGUCCUUCUCCAUCUUGACAUUACCCUCCCCUCUCCUACUCCCCACCAACCCAAAAAAAUUACCCCUGUAACUGACCACUGUGAUUCUUGGCCACACCAGGUCAUCUCCAGAAUGAACAUAUUUGCUUGUGAAAUUAACAAGCAAAAUAUUUUUUGAAUCUGCAUGUGCUACUUAGAUUUCGUUUUAAAAGUUCCUUUAUGGAUUUGUAGCAAACAGCUUAUUUGGUGGGGAGGGGGAAAGCAGUCAAAUAUUCAGUUCACUAGUAGUUUGCGCUCCAGACUGGUUGCCACGGAGUGUGGAACCCAAUGUGACCUGCAUCAGAUUCUAGAGCAGGAAUGUGAAGUGAGAGACAUUGUGAUUAAUAUUUAAUAAUGUAUAUUCUGUUCUAUAUAAAUUUUAAAACAAACACUGCAGUCCACGACAAGGCCAAUAUAUCCCUUCACAUGCCCUUAAAAAUAAUUGCUUGUGACCAUUGUGAGACUGGAUGACUUGUGGCUAGAUUGCAAUUGUGAAGAACCAGUGACUGACAGCUGCCAUUGAAAAUAAAUACAUCAAAUGUUGACUGUCCUUUUAAAAUGGGUUUCAUCGUCCAAGUGUGCAUUUUUGAUCUCGAACUAUUUCAAUUCAAAGUGACUUGGACUCCGCCUUGGCACCGAGUUUAAAGUAUUGGGCCACCUUCAUCGGUCAUUUUGUACUCAGUUGAUGCUGCAUUGUUAAGUGUCUCCUUGUUCAUGAUUCACCUCACAGACUUUAGGUCAGUAGUUCCUUCAACUGGUGAUCCUACCAUCACCCAGCCACCAAGACAAUCCAUACUAAAAAACCAAAUUCAAAAGAAAAGAGUGGCAAGAAAAAUACUGAUGAUAUUUAGUGUGAAAAUGUGAGGAUGAGAAAAGCCCAUUGUUGUGACAAAAACAUCGAUUCCCCACCAGUCUAUUCUACCUUUCUUCUCUUUUACUUACUUUCCUUUUUGCCCCCUCCUCCUCCAUCUCCUUCCCCUUUUCUUUGACUUUACUACUCUCUUUCCUUCACGCUAUCUGCAUUUUGGACUGUAUAAGUCUGUAGGUAAUUUGGUCUUUUUUUUUCCUGAUCAUUACAUAUUUUAAGAGGUUUGUUUUAAAUCUUUUUCUUUCAACUUUGUUUUGCUUUUUGAUGAGACUCUUAACCAUCUUGUAAUCUCAGUUGUGCCCUUCCAAAUUUCUUGUAGCUAUUUUAACCGAGCUGCCAUUUCCCAACAAAGAAACUUGAAGCUUUAAGCAUCAGUCCACUAAGGUCACAGAGCACAACAUCAAGGCAUGAAUUCUUUACAGUGAAGGACUUUUGUUUUGACAAUUUGAAAUGAGAGAAGCGAGAUGUUUUUUUAAAAAACAAAUUUGUUACUGAAGACCAAGGAACAUGGGUUGACACUUCUGUUUUGUGUGUUUUUUUUGAAACCUAUAAAUGGAUUUUAAAAAGAGUAAAAUGGCUCCAGCAGUGACUACCUGGGUGAGGUUGUACAGUAUUUCUGCUGCUGCUGUUGUCAACACAUUUAAUGUUCCAGAAUUUUCUUCUCGCUUUUGCUGUUUGGCUGCUGAUAACCAACAUCUUUGUGACAGAACUCAAUUCCCAUUGUUCAGUCCUUAUUGUAAAAGUAAAAGUUUGAAAUAAAGCUUAUAUGUUGAUGUUA